GCGACCUUCGCUCGUCAAUUCAAUGACCUUUCUUAUGUGACCUAGUUUUCGUGCACUUACAUCAUUACCAAUUUGAUGCUGAAAAAUAAACAAAUAUGUAAGUCAAAUUAGUAGUCUAUUUGAUAUCUAACAAUAAAAACAUAUAUUUUCGACUUUUAUAAAUAUAUUCGAAUUUUGCCAUUUCUUUAUAUGUCAAAGAUUUCUAAAAUGCGUAGAAAUCAUUAACCAGUUUUAUCAAGUAAUUUGAUCGGCAGCUUUUUUGCCGGUCGAUUACAAGCCCAGCUAGCAGCUCAGCGGCAGCUGAGAUUAUUCAACGGGCAAGUUCCCCCGAAACCUCCAGCAACCGUACCGUACGUACCGGUAUAUUUGUCUGAAAAAAGUGAAAGCCGAACUGCACCGCCGGGCCGGGUGUAUGGCUUCCUUGUUGCUUCGAUUUGACUUGAGAUGCAAGAAACUUACGUCAGAGAAAUAGAAUGAUGUGUUUGAUUUAUGCCAAUUGAAUCUGAAAUCCACCAAGGAAAUGUAACAUUACUCUCAAGAUACUUUGAAAAAAGGUGAAAACAAAGACUUCAUUUCGCGUUUCGUUUCGGAACUUGUUCGUGACGUUGGCGUUGUGUUACUCAGCUUAUUAUUUCAUAAAAUGGCAUUAAGAACUGUUUCCAGAUUAUUAUCACAGUCGCAGAAGACUUCACUCCGAUUAUGGAUGACAGAGGCUAAGCUACUUCAAACAAGGCAUAUAUGCUGUUGUUCCUGUGCUGCGAGACCCAUGUUGGACAUAAAAUUAUCUCAUCUUCCUAAUCAUGCACCAUCUCUGGAAGUGCCAACUAGGACAUUCAUCUCUAUUCAGUCUCCACUCAACUUUGGUAAAAAGAAGGAGUACUCAGAGAGGAAAAUUAUAGGAUAUUCCAUGACAGAUAUGUACGAGGUCGUAGCAAACGUGGAAGACUACAAGGAGUUUGUGCCGUGGUGUACCAAGUCAACGAUCGUAGCCAGGAAGGCGGGCCACUUCAAGGCUCAGUUAGAGAUAGGAUUCCCACCGCUGAUAGAGAGAUACAUGUCCACCGUCACCGUAGCCAAACCUCAUCUAGUCAGGGCUGUAUGCACCGAUGGAAGAUUAUUCAAUCAUCUAAUAACAACCUGGAGAUUUGGUCCAGGGCAAAAAGGAAAGCCAGAUACCUGUACAGUAGACUUCUCGGUCUCGUUCGAGUUCCGAUCGGUGCUCCACUCGCAUCUAUCGCACAUAUUCUUUGACGAAGUCGUGAAGAAGAUGGUGAAGGCAUUUGAGAUGAGAGCGGAGAAGAUGUACGGCCCCCAGACGAAUGUAUCGCGGUCCGGCUUCCUUCAUAAUACCCCCACUUGACGAAAGCCUUAACUUGGGUGGAUGUGUUAGUUAUCCUGUAUAUACCUGUAGUUAGACCAUUUAAAUAUAAGGAGCUUUUGCCCUUUUCUCUUUCUCUCACUCUCUCUCUCUCACACACUGUGGCCCCUAUUCUGAAGCCCGGUUUAAUUUAAACUCUGGUUUUAAGUUGUGGUUUAACUAUGGAAAGCCAGUUGUUAUAUAAAUCUCUAACAGUAGAGGUUCAAUGUAUCAGCUCAUUUGACUCCCAAAACAUUAUUAACUGCCUGGGAAAGAUAAGUAUGACAGUUGUCUUCACCAUUAGUAGAAUUAGUAAAGAGCACAGUAAACAUGAGAAGCAAUCACUAAACAAAAUUUUGAAAUGCUUGGCUUCCCAUAAUUUUAGCACAGAGUUAGACCACGGUCUAAGUUAAACCCCACUUCAGGAUACGGGCCUCUGUGGCUUUCUCUAAAUUUCUCUUUGGAUCUCUCACUCACUCUCUUUCUCUCCCUGCUUUCUCUGUGCGGCCCUCCCUCUAUUAAAAAAGUAUGGAAUACUACACAUAUUGCCACACAAGUUUUAUAAAUGGAUGCCUGUGUUUUAUUUUUGAAAGAAGUCCAUGAAAUGGACAUAUGCUGGAUAUUUGGUUAAUGGAUGCGUAAUUAUUCUGGAAGUAUGAGAAAGAAGAACACAAUUAAAUGAAUUUCAAAGUUAUUCAUAAGUUUUGUUUAUGUACCGUAGUUCGUGCUAUGUUAGUGCCAAUGAAAGACUGAUCUGAGGUGAAUGGCAGAAUUUUAAUUCAAUAUUUUUAUAUUCCAUGAACUUUUUUGCUUCCUGUAUGAGUAAAUGACAACAUCAGGUCUUGUCGUUAUUAUGUACAUUUAUUAACAAAUAUCUUAUUGCUUUUAUUUAUGUGAUUAUAUUCUUCAAUGAGUACAUGUAUGUAUUAUCAGGAAGUAUGUAGUACAUGAUAAAGUUCAUGUUUUAAUGAACAGUGAUUUAAUAUCACUUUGUACUAAUGCUGUCAUGUUGUGUGUGAUCAAAAUCUUUAGGCAUUAAUCAUUUAAUUUCAGAGAAGAAGGCAUUCAUUGCAAUACAGCAAGAGCAAAAAAGAAGGUAGAAUUUCCUUGAAUCAUACAUGUAUUUGUUCUACGAGCAUAUUUUUGAAAUGUACAAAUUACAUACUUGGCUAUAAAAAAAUAGGGACCACUUUUAUAUGUAAUUUUAUCCAAUCAUCUUCUUUGUGCUCAAAUUACAAUUAUAUAUAAAGCUUUCUCCAUAUUAUACAAUUGGUGGUAUGUGUAUCUUCAUGGCAUUCUUUAAUCUAGUGCCAGUUGUCAACUCACUCACUGAAUGUAAAUUUUUUAUAAUCUGUAGUAAAUUCGAAUAUGUCCCAAAAAUGAGUUCUGCCAUGAAAAAAAGAUAAUGAAAGAUAAUAUGAGAAAUAAAAACAAAUUGCAUUUAUUAUUGAUAACUUUGAGGAAUAUUUUGGAUAUUGAUUAUAAGUUAAAAAGAGAAUAAUUGCGUACAAUUUUUUUUUAGCUGUUGACCAUCUCCAAUGCCCAACUUUAUCCUCCAAUAUUUUAAACAAUCACUGUUAGAAAAUUUGUUGUGAUCAGGAAUUGAAGUACACAUUGAUAAAAAACAGAUACAGCCAUAGGUCCUACUUAUAAGCAAAAACAAAGAUGAGAAAAUAAUUUGUGAUCAAAACCUCGCAUUCCAUUGAAGUGAGGACUAAAAUUCAUGUCAAUUCUGGACUUUAAAAGACCCAGGCUUGCUAAUAUGAAUGCAACCUAUUGUCAUAUCAUGUAUUUUGUACCGGAUUAGCAGAGUAUCAAUACUGCUUUUGGCAAUCUACAAUGUAGAUGGUGUUUUUUAGAAAGAAAACAAUGGCAUUGUCCCAGUAGUCAGCCAAACAUUUUGAGGGGGCCAGACAUAGUGUAUUCCACAAAUUUUCUCAAAGUUUGCUCGUUAACAAGCAAAAAUUGUGACCUAUUUAAAGACAAAAAAAAUUUAGGACAUAAUAUCCAUAGAAAGAUAUCAUAUUUCACCAUAUGCCAUUUAUUCAUAUUCCUUUCUUUUUUUCCCUCCUUUCUUUUCUGAAUCGAUAAAUUGUUGGGGGGGCAUGAUCCCAAGCCCCCCACUUCCCCGCAAUCUGUUCGCCAGUGGAUUUUCCAUUCAAUAAUUCAGACACCAGUAUUAAUUCAUCUAUAGGAUGAUUUUUUUUUCUGGAAAAUGUGUUACAAUUAAUUGCGAGGAUGGUUUUAUCACUUUUAUUGUAAAUUUACUAUGCAUUCAAAAUAUUUAUUUGAUUUCUUGUACGAAUUUGCUCAAAGUAUUUAAUCUUAAUACUUGAUAUGAUAUUAGCAGGAAGUCAUUUUCUUAUGUUAAUCAUAAAGGAAUAAUUUGUUGGGGCAUUUACAUGUAUAUGUUGAUUAGAUGUUGAUUACGGUUGUUACUCAACAAACAUAUUUUUUAGUGCAAAGUUUAUCAUCUGCACAAUUUAAAUGAACCAGAAUCAAAUACAUGACAUUUUGUAAUAUUAUAAGGUAAACUUCACAUUUCGAUAUUCCAGUUCUUCAAAGAUAUAAAGUCAAAUGUGAAAGAACAUCAUGCUUUCGAUAUCAUCAGUGAAUUUUCAAACAGACACAAAUAUUUAUAAAUUUAAGAAUAAAACAAGAUAAAACUAAUACACAAAAAUUAAUUGUGAGUUUAUUUCUUCUUUGCAAGGAGUUGUGCUAUAAGACUUUUCAAAUUAUUUGAGAUGACAAGCAUGGUUUUUCAUGCGUGGUGGUCGGAAAUAUCCUGAGUUUUUGGGCCCGACCAGUGCCAACUACCGUGGCUAUAAAACUGAUUCUAACUAAUGACACAUCAUUCGUAACAAUUUCAAGAUGUAUAAAUGUGGUACAUUAAAUCAUCAUUAUUAUUAUAGUAUGAAAUGUAACAUGUUAAAUGAGAAGAUAAUGAACUUUGAGUCAUUUUUCUGGUGGUCUGUACAGUUAAUGUUUCAGAAAGAAACCGAUUGUUGUGUCACAGGACGAUUCACAUGGUCCUACCAGUACAUCAUCGAUAUUUUGCCAAUUUGGAGACCAUCAUAUCUACUGGUCGAUAGACACUCGUCAUGGAUUGUUUUUUGAGGGAUAUUUGCUUUAUUUCAAAUCCCUGGUUUAUAUUUUAAUGCUGCUGUUACUGUAUUUUUCUGCAUGAUAUGAACUGGGUUGAUUUUCACCCUACAGUUUUUAGCUGCUUAUAUCAUUGGAACAUCUGUAUAUAAGAGACCUUAUAGAAAUUAUAUUCUUUGAUAUUACAUAGGUAAUAAAUCAUGUGUGGUAUUUAUGAAUAUGAAA